AUGAGUGAUUUAGAGGCCUCAGGGCAGGGGGAAAAUCCCCCGCCCUACAUAAUCUUUGUGGUGGUCUUCCUCUUCUUCAUCACUGGACUGCUGGGCUUCCUCAUCUGCCACCUGCUGAAGAAGAAGGGCUACCGUUGCCGUACUGGGGACAUGGACGAUGAUGAGGAGGAAGAGGAGAAGUUGGGAGGCCAUGCAGAUGGUGAGCUGUAAAAAAAAAGCACUUUAAACCGAUCAGGACUGUAAAAAAGGCCUGAACAUGUAAAUUUGUUGUCCAACUGAGUUGGUUGGGAGGGUCUUGAAUACAGGACAUAGAUUACAGCAUGGGAGAUAGAGGGACCAGCCUUUUCGGUUAGUUACAAAUAUCUAGACAGUCCAUAUCUCAUUUUCAGAGACUUUUAAAUACAGAUUUUUCUCUCUCUGAUCCUAAGAGAGAAAAAUCUAAACCAAAUCUUUCUCUUAAAAUCUUAUCCACAUCAGAGGCUUUAAGGAGUUUUCAAGAAGGGCUUCAUUAGUCACCAGGUGAUGGCAGGAAUUUGGGUUUAUCAGAUAUUUAGCUUGUCUUUGUAUGCCAAUAUGUAAAUGACUGUUUAGAGGUAUACAGGUUUACUAUACAUAUGUAUGGUUUUAUGUACACAUAUGUGUACUUGCAAAUUAAUAUGUAUGUAUAUUUUGGAAUGUGAGUUUGUGUGUGGGUCUUUAAUUGCAUAUAUUCUACAUGAUAUAUUUAUACGGUACACAUGUACCAACACAGAUAUACAUAGAACAUCUUUUUACUUUAGAUAUAUAAAUAAUGAACUUGUAUCAGAAUAGGACUUGGAUCGAAUUAGAGUUACUUCUUCCUGGUCCUUGACCAAAAAUCCUUUUUCCUGUUGGUUUUAUUUUUAACAUGUUGUAAAUAAACAGUUUCAAUCAUUCGAUCAAUCCUGCAAUCUGUGCAAGAGGCAAGAAUCUAACAUAAGCAUAUGAGAUAAUAAAAUAGUUCCAGACCAAAAUGAAGAACAUGCAGUUAAAUAUCAGCAAUAAACCUGUACAGAAAUACAGAUCAAACCUAUGCUGAAUGCUAGAUAAACCCAGAACAAAAAUAUGAUGAAGCUGUGGUAUUAACAUCCUGCCUUUUUCUCCAAACACACACAUCACACUCAGAUAGAAUUUUAAAGCUCCUCUAGGUGCCUACAGCCCACAAUGAAACAUAUUCUUUUGUUGGUAUAAAGCAGUCAUUCACAGUAAUGAAAAGUUAAUGGUUGUUGUGUUUCCUCUCGUUGUUCCUCAACUGAUCACAAUCAGCAUGAUAAGUAAAAACUAAAAUAAAAGAAGUCAGGCUUGAGAGCAUUUUUAAGUUUAAUCCAUGUCUAAUCUGUUCACAUAGAGGAGGUGGGCUUUGUUAGCUAAACUGCAGCCAGCCACCAGGGGGAGCUCCAAAUGUUUCACUUAUGGGGAGCUGUUGUAUUAUCCGUGUUUUAUACGGCCAGUCAAAUAUUAAUAUCCAUGUACAAAUUUGCAGCAGGUCACCUUUGCCAUGACUUCAUUGUUUAGUCAAAUGUGAUAGAUGGAGGUUUUUCUGAAAAUAUUAUUAAAAGAAGGUAUUUUCAGACGUAUUCCAGUCUUCCUUUUUAUCCUCCUUUCCCUUGCUCUUUUCACAACACUUCUGCUGAAUCACACAAACACUCACAGAUCUGUAUGAUCUUCCUUCAUGUUUGCGUAACAAGAACUCACACAAACAUGAAGUUAUCCAAAUAUUCACUUUCUCUGAUCUGCAGAAAUAUGCAUGCACACAAACUGGCAUUUACAUACACGUCAACACACACAGACACACAUGGACGAGUAACAACUGAACACAAGAAAGUGCAGAAAAAGUUCAUCCAAAAAAACCCUCCAGCUUUUCUCUUUCAGGAUGUUGAGUCUGUCAGGAUUUUUUUUACAGCUGUGCUUGUUGUGCUGUGUUGACAGAUGAAGAUGAGGAGCACCAGGACACAGUGGAGCAGAUCCUCAAAUGCAUUAUUGAAAAUGAAGGUGAUGAAUAUAGACAAAUCAAACCCAUUUAAGAGGGAAAAAACAUGCAAAAGUGUAAACCAUGCUCUGUUUUUGUGUCCUUUAAAAUACAAAUAUCUGAUAAGACUUACCCAUUUUGGGAGGUUGAUACACACAAUGUUCAUACUUUAAAAAGAAAGCUUUUGGUCAGAUUUGUAAUGUUGCUAUAAUUUUUUUUUCAUAUCAGAACACAGAUAGAUGCAAAUCUCCAGCAACAUGCAAAUUAAUUGUCUUGAACUGGAGCACCCCUUCUCAAAAUAAAUGUCUCUAAUCCGGUGUCACUUGUUAUUUCCAGCUAACAUGGAGGCCUUCAAUGAAAUGAUUGGAAACCACAACGUCUGUGUACGCCAUGAUCCCAGGUAAGCUAACCCUAACAGGGCGCUUUAUUGUUAAUUGGCUUCAUGCUAGUUUUUGGACAAAACUCCAAGGUUAAAGGUUUGCAAAUUCUGGAAAUACUGCAAAGUUUCAAAAGAGUCAUUGUGGGUUGCUGCUUGAUGUCACAGAUCUGUCAAAGUUCAGAGCUAACAGGUUAUUUAAUGUCUGAGCAGUUAGACACCAAAUAUUCAAUAACAAAACCGUGCUCUGGGGCAGGACGCCCACCAAACUUGGUCUCAAGUUGAGAUUUCCAAUGUAGGAGCAACAAGGCUAACUGAGAUCCCUACUAGACAAAAAUUUGGAGAGCAUGCAACCAGCUCUGUACCCAUCCACUACUCUUGAUCAUGGUCUGAGUCAACGCUCAUCCAUCCCUCUUCUAGGUUACUCAUAUGGGCCAAAGUAGCAACCCCCAAUGUUCAAUAGUGAAGCCAAUGUGCAAGGGAAAAGAUUGUCCACUGUCAUCGUAAUACUGUAAGGAGGUUUUCUACAGCAGGAAAAUUUCCUAGGAACUAGAGACCUUUUAAGGAACAGCAGCAGAAACCAGCUCUAAAUUUGGUUUUAGUCUGAAAGAUCUACCCACUGAAAAGCUCCUGCUUAGGUUGUAUACUUUCCAGAGGUCCAAGGCUUGAAGAUGAUCUUAUUUACACAAUUAAGAAAAAACAAACAAACAAACAAACAAACAAACAAACAGUUCCUCAGAAUCAUACCAGCACAAACAGUUGUUGACAAUUGUUUGAACAUUUUUGUCCCAUAUCCCAGGAUGCUUUUGGUUGGUUUAACAGUUGCAGAGAGUAAGUCUUAUCAGGAAACAAUAUUGUUUGAGUUAUAAACUGUUGUUUAAUUUAAACACACAACACAUUUACAUGUUCCUUAAAAAAAGAGGGGGGGGGGGAUAACCCGAUAAUAACAAGAGGCAUGUCACCACCCAUGGGCAUAUCAGAUGCAGGGUACGUCCCCCACACUUCCAGUACCUGCCUCUUCUGUCCCCUGCACUUCUCUGGCCUGUAAUCUUGCCUCUGAACAAUCAGUCCCCCUCACUUCUGAAAUGGAGGCUACGCCCCUGACACCACCCACCAUAGCUAAGGGAGUCAUGCUCCUGUUAAUAAGGACAGUGGUUCAGUUAAAUAACCAAAUCAAGCUUUAACCAUUGCUGGAUUUAACUGUGAAUGUAAACAUACUGACUGACACCAGCUGAGCAGAGAGAGGAUAAACAUGUUGAAGCACCAAAAGGCUUUGGGCUCUAUUUUCAUGCCUCGCCGGUGGCGUGGCGUAGACGCGGCAUAAGUCAGGUUCGCCACGCCGACAAGGCGUGACCAAGCACAUUUUGGUAUUUUGGUGAGCGGCGCAGUCCGGCUUAGGUAUCCCCCCUCCCUAACUCAGCUCCUCCCAGCGGCAUAAGUCGUAGAGAGGGAGGGGAUAAGGGUUUUCGCCAAUCACAUAAGCUCCUCUCCUCGCCUUUAAAUCCGCCACCGGCGAGGCGUAUUACUAUUUUCGUGAAGUAGUCAAAGAGAUCAAGAGAUGUCUGAAGACAGUAAUGCCACAAGAUGGCGACAGAAGGCAGCCCAUCAACAAGUGUCACUGUAAGCGCUGCAGAGGGCGUCCUUCACACUGUCUCAUAUGAGCACAGAUGGAUUUGGUGUGUGUAAUGUUGGACCCACUGGUAAGACAAACACCCUUUUCCACAAAUAAAGACACUCACAUAAAGUUGCACAUAUUCAAACCUCAUGUGACAAAGGUGGGUUGAGCGCACAGAUCACAACAUAAACUCCAAAAAUGGCAUUAAAAUUUGAACCAUCUGUGCGUAAUGACGCAUCGCGCUCCGUGACCUGGCUCUUUCUUUCAUAGAUGUUCGCAGAUAAAAUAAAUUUGGCUAAAAAGAAACCUGAAUAUGAUCAGCCGCAGCAGCUGCAGCAGGACGGGGAGAGAACAUGGACACAUGUCCAGGUCGAGCUGCGCGAGAAAUAAGAGGAAGAGGAAAAUAGAAAUAGGGGGGAGACAAAUUAAAUAUCGUUAACUUCAUCAUGUGUGUUUAUUUACUAGAUAUUUAAUUCAGUUUAAUGCGGUUUUAGCUGUGUUAAUACGGUCAAGUCCAAAUCCAUGCCAAACGUGCUCAUCAGAUCAGAUAUAGAUCAGAAUAUAUCCAUAGAUCUAAAUGUAUGUGCUGUGCACCUCCCCCUGCCAUGCCACCAUGCCCAGCUUGGCGGACCUCGGUGUGCCUCAGUCUACAAAAAUACCAAACUGGCUGUGCACCGGUCUUCGCCAGAUGAAAAUAACACUGCGCAUGGUCCGCCACCCUCCGCCGCACUGAAUAGAGCCCUAUGUCAUCAGAGCUAAUACUAACUUUUAUCCUGGAGCUAUUCAAUAAUAAAUACAGCUUAUCUGUGGCCAGCAUGACGUAGGACAACUUAUCUUUUACAAAACUUCAGCAGAGACUCAAAUAAAGAGUUGUGCAACUAAAGUAAUCUUCCAAAAACUGUCCUAAUGUCACUGUCCUGAUUUGCAUGAUCUUCCCAGAACUAAAAGUUUGGACACUUUUGGUCUAAAAGCACCCUUAGACUGUGUGAUUCAUGGAUGGACAUGUUAUGUUUUUAUGUUAUGUUGAUGACACUGCAGUGUCAUUGCCCAUCAAUAAAUUCCAUUAUGUUCAAUCUUUUUCCUGAUUUCAGUCGGUAGAUUAAUCUCAAUCUCACCUCUGAAAUGCAAACUGCAUGCAUUUUGUUACAUCCAACUAAUCAAACAAGCUACUGAAAUUCCUUACAAACUGAGCAUGUGCAGAUGCUUUUACCCAUAGAAAUAUGACCUAAGUGGGAUUAUGGCAAUCAUAUUAACAUGUUCAUAUGACUCUUACACUGUUUGCUUAUAGUUAUAAUUCUGAUAAAUACAGGAGUAUGGUGUGCAUGUAGAGGAAGUGAAUGUGGAGAAUAAUAAUGACGAUGUUGUUGAUGUUCAGGUUGCGUAAGGAGUCCAUUGGUGGUGUUCCUCCUCAUCUCCACACAGUCCACUCAGGCACCGACCACAACUCCUGCCACCUCUGUGCCCAGGUCAAGUCCAAGAAGGGUCGACGACAUAGCAGAACUCCUCGCUUCAAACAGAAACCUGGAGAGCAGACUGUCUUCUCUGUCGGCAGGUAAAAACUCACGGCCAAACUCUUCAUUUGUUUCCUUGUUUCUUUAUGUAACAUGGACAGACAGUAACAUUAGUGCUGCAACACUCAAACAUGCCCAAAUGCUUCGGCACUAUUUUAAGAAGAUGUUGAUUUGCAACCUUAAAGCUGGUUUGCUAAACGCCUACACAAUCAGAAGCAGCAGAAGUUGGAUCGCUUUGGACACAGACCACUUUGUAAUGUCUUGAUUGCUUCUCUGUGCACACUGUACAAAGAACAGGAUCAUCAGUUAACCUUUCCUGCUCCAGCCUCCUGAUCAUGGCUAGAAAGUGCUGGAGGGUCUUGUUUUUGUGUACGUCAGGGCUGAAAUUGAUGCUACCUUCAGCGGCUAACCCCAUACUCUUUUGAGACAUCGAGGUGCAAGCAACACACAGGAAUCCAGGGUCUUUUGGAGUUCCAGGCUUUAUUAUAUUCAUAAAGGCUCAACUGCACAUCACUACACUCAUGAUAACAUCUGCCACAAAUCUAUUCUUAUGAUCCAUCAGUUUGAUAUCAACAGGCGCACAUGCAUACGUCCCACACAGCAUCCCACGCCUUCUUUCACUUUUUAAAAAAGCUCUUCAAUGAGCCCUGAGGUUCAAAUGAUCAGCUGUAUAAAACAUGGACACCAGCAUCAGCGGUGUAACCAUCUUGGAAAUACUGACUCAACCUCAACCUCAUUUUCUGAUGAAACUAGAUUUAAUGUUUUUGUGCAUCAAUGACAGAAGAGCAAAAGUAUUUUGCUCUAAUUGUAUCAUUAUUCUUUCAGGUUUCGAGUCACUCACACUGACAAGAAGCCCCAUGGGGGUCCAAACCCAUUAAUCAGUUCAGGGGACCAGUUGGACCAAUCCCAUGACAGCGAUGAGCGUAAGGAGGGCGGUUACAACCUGAGGAGCAUGUUCAAAGAUGUCCGACCACCUUCAGAGAGCCCCAAUGGAGUUGCUCCCUCUGCAGGGAAACGCAGGAGGAGUCUAACCAUUUUUGGGUUGAGGCGGAGCAGCGACCCAGUCACUGUCAAAGCCACAGAGGGGACAGGUAGGGAGACUGGGGGAGUUAGAUUUGCUAUUCGGCAGCAGCCUGUAGUUCAGGAGGAGCUUUCACAGGGAGGGAGCCCUAAAGUUUCCUCUGAACAAGUAACUGAACCCAAACCUGCUCCAUCCAAGAAUCAAACGCCUGCAUCAACUAAACAUGAAGCAAAAAUUUCAGAAGUUUCUCCCUCUUCCCUCCCUGAAACCGGAAUGAUCAAACCCUCCACUGAGGUUAAAACAGCAACUCCCCCAAGCUCUCUCCCUGUUUAUUCUCCUUCUUUGGCAUCAAAGACAGAAGAUAAACCCAGAGAUGUUGAGGUUAAAGUCUUUAAACUUGACGAGGGCUUCGAUCCUGGGCCUUUGCAGACCUCCACACCUAUCGCCCCCAUGUAUGGGUCUUUGAUUCCUGCCAAUCAGCCUGAAUGUUAUCCUAACACAGACUACCCAGUCACUCAGACCCCUCCUGACCAAAGCUCCAGUCAAGAUCUCGAACCAGGUGUAGGUGCUAACCUAGCUUUAAUAAGCUUAGGUUCAUCCCCUCCAUCUUCAUACCCACUUCGGACCCCAUCUUCAGUUUCCUCUUUGAAAACACCUACCUCACCUCUGACGAUCACUCCAAGCCCCAAACUAGGCUCAAGGAACACGCCAUCAGAGGCCACAAAAACUGUCUUUUCCCCUGUUCUUACUCCAAGCCCCAAACUUCCUUCAGGUCGGAUCCCACCAUCCUUUGGAGUAAGUUCUAGUCCAUCACAAGUCCGAACUCCUUCACCUGCUCUAAGACCGGGCACCAUGCCAGUGUCACCACAAACCCCCUCUUCCCCUGCAGACCAAAAACUGGAGCUUACACCUGGCCCAACCAAAAGGGAAAUUGAUUCAAGCUCCUCACCUGUUGGGGAAAAUGAACAAGAAGGGGCCAGAACCCAGAGGACAGAGGAGAAGACAGAAAUAAAGAGGGCUGGGAUUCUUAAAAAACCUAAACCUGAAGCUGGUGGGGAGUUUUCUAAAGAGUCUGCCCCUUUUUCUCCUUCGGGUCAGCUCUCUGAAGGCAGACCUGCAGGUUUGUUUCUGUCACCGUCAAGUCCAUUGACCCCCUCCUCACCUAAAAUAGAAAGUAUCACCAUUGUCAAAGCCAGCCCUGACAGCAAGAGAGAGUUUUCUGUUGUCACUAUGGUGGAGACAGACGAAUCAUCGUCUUCAGCUCAAGGCCAGGCAGGACAGACUUCAGAAAUGAAGGCUGGAUCAGAAGAAAUUAGUCCUGCAGUCGCUCAGGAAAGAGAGGGUUUUGUUUCAGGUGUUAAAGGACCUGAUGAACAAAGUGAAGAGACUUCUGGAUCAGAGAUUAGGCAGAGUGCAGCCCAGGAAAGGGAUGAUAUGGUGGAGAUGGAGGAUAUCGGGGACUGCAAAGUGACUCAGGAUGCAGAAGAAGAAGAGGGUACAGAGGAUAAGACACUGAAAAUGGAGUCGAAACAGGACUGA